UCUGUUACGAGUCGUUUUGACCCACAAAGAGCGAGCUUUUUUCUUCUUCUUCUUUCUUUCCUCCAUAUUCUUCUUCAAUGUGGUAGAAGUUAUCGAAUUUAAAAGGCCCAUACCACUCCACCCGUGGCUUUUGGAGGUGAAAUCUGUAUGUUUGUUUCUCUCGAUUUUAAUUCCCAGGGACAGGGGAAAGCGUAUUUAUUAUUAUUAAUAUUUAAUUUCUAAGGGCGUCUGCGGUGGCUCUCUCUGUACCUGUUGUUUGCGGUCAUUGUUCUUAGGGUUCGGGGGAAAUGAAGUCCUCGUUGGGGAAGCUUCGCAGAUUGGCACUGCACAAGAACGAUGCCAAGGAGAAGACGGGAUUUCUACCGUCUGCACACUUGGAUGAGCUCGCUCAGGCUGCAAAGCUUGCAGGGUUAAACAUAAUGCCCAGCUAUUGACAGUCACCCACACUGCAGAUAAUGUCAUGGUUCUCGUCAGGAAAGGAACUUUAUUGACAGCGUUUAUUUCUAUGACAUGCAAGAGAUGAGAAAUUGCUAUGAUAGCAUACUCUCUGCAGCAGCUGCUACAACAAAUAGUGCAUAUGAAUUCUCAGAAUCACUGCGAGAAAUGGGUGCUUGUCUGCUGGAGAAGACUGUAUUACAUGAUAACAAAGAAAGUGGUGAAGUUUUGCUAAUGUUGGGGAAAGUGCAGUUUGAACUUCAAAAACUUGUUGAUAGCUAUCGCUCUCAUAUAAUCUCAACAAUCACAAACCCUUCGGAGUCUCUUCUUAAUGAACUUCGAACUGUUGAGGCACCGGGUGUUAGGAACAACGUCCCGAUUAAUCCUGGGGGUGCACAGGCCCUUGGCAAGGAGUUUCUUGCAAAUGCACCUUGGGAGAUGAAGAUACAAUGCGAUGAAAAGAGAGAUGUAUAUGAAUACAUGAUGGCACAGCAGAGAGAAAAAGGAAGAUCGAAGAGUGGGAAAGGUGAAAACUUUACUGUACAGCAACUGCACGCAGCUCAUGAGGAAUAUACCGAGGAGGCCAAUCUAUGUGUUUUCCGGUUGAAAUCUCUUAAGCAAGGGCAAUCUCGAAGUCUUCUAACACAAGCAGCUCGUCACCAUGCGGCUCAGUUGAAUUUCUUUCGGAGGGGACUCAAAUCACUUGAGGCUGUUGAGCCACAUGUUAGAUGGGUUACAGAACAGCAACAUAUUGAUUACCAGUUCAGUGGACUUGAAGAUGAUGAUGUGGAAGAUGGUGAAGAUGGUGAGGAUGAUGGCGAGAAUAGCUAUAGUGCUGGGGAAUUGAGUUUUGACUAUAGACGAAAUAGGCAGGGGCUUGAUGGUGUUUCCAGGAGUUCAAUUGAGCUGAUUACACAGGUAGAUGAAGCCGGCCUUACGUUUCCCCAAGCUUUGACUAAGGAAAAUGCAGAGAUGAAUCUUGACAAAAGCCAAGAUGAUCUCAGAAUCUCAAGUAGAGAACCUAGAGUGGGUAGCCAUUCGGCCCCAAUAUCUACAGAAAAGUUUGAUCCAGUUGAAAAAGUAAUAAAUAUGCAACCUUCAUCUACUCGGAGGCCUAACACAUAUGUGUUGCCCACACCAGUUGAUGCAAAGGCUUCAAGUUCAUCAAGAACAAGUACUUCAGUUCCCCAGUUGAUGCCAAGUGGACGCACCCACAAUUUGUGGCAUUCUUCCCCAUUGGAAGAUAAGAAGCAUGAGAAGGAUUCUGGUGAUGGUGUGUCUGUCCUCAAAGAGAGCAACAUUAAUAAUACCCCCAUUGUGCUACCCCCUCCUUUGGCGCAGGGAAUUUCACUUUCUCAGCUCGAGACAGUUAAUGCUUCUGACAGUAGCAAAAUCAAGCGACAAGCUUUUUCUGGCCCAUUAAUUGGUAAGCCGGGGUCAACAAAGCCUGUUUUAUCUUCUAGUGGUCCCAUUGCAUCUGCUGAAUUGCCCCAAGUAGUUUCUGGAAUGCUUUCUCGGUUGCCAAUUCCUCAGCCUUUAUCUCCAAAAGUAUCCCCAAGUGCUUCACCACCCCUUGUGUCUUCGCCCAAGAUAAGUGAACUUCACGAGCUUCCUAGACCCCCAGGUAAUCUAGCCUCCAAGCCGGCAAAAUCUCAUGGUUUACUGGGGCACUCUGCUCCAUUGUCCUUCAGAAAUCAGGAGCCAUUUGGAAUAAAUAAAAUUCCUUUGGAGGCGUCAAUUGCGGCUUCUCCACUUCCAGUCCCACCAUUAAUUGUCCCUCGGAGUUUCUCUAUACCCUCAAGUGGUCAGAGAGCGAUGGCAAUACAAGUCACAAAGCUUUUGGAUUCUCCCCAAGUUUCAGGCAAGGCUGAAGAAGUUGCUUCACCUCCAUUAACACCCAUUUCCCUGUCAAAACGUUAAGCCUGCAUCAAACUGUUUAUGAAGCAGCCUCUCACUCUGGUCAAACCCAAGCUUGGUGUGGUGAGAGCUAAUAUUUUUCCCCGUGGGUUGGCCUGGCGGAAGAUUGUUUUUGGGUCAUUGUCUUAUUGUUGGGAACAGGUCUGUAAAUAUGACGUUUUAUGUAUGGUUUAGUUUCUCGUCCGAGUCUUUUGUCCAUUGCUUGUUUUAUUGAUAAGGAUGAGAACUAAACUCUAAAGUCAGUUGUGACAUUUUAACAUCUCACGAUUAUCUUCAAAUGAAGAAUUUUUGUUCAUUUA